AUGCGUUUCUUCCCUAUUGCUGCAAUUCUUGUACUUUGUUUCUUUGGAGCCGUUUUGGGGCUGAUGCCAAUUUCAAACAGCGCGGAAAAGCUCCUGAGUGGCAACAGCGACAGAAAAGAGUUUGCCUCGGGCUCAGAAACCAGAUCCACGCCAAAAAUUCGUGGAUGUCAAGACGAUGAAGACUGCCGCCGCUUUUUGCUGGAUAUUAACGGACCUCGUUGUAUCAAUUGGAUGUGCACUCCGGAACCUUUUGAAAAGUGA